GCGUCCAAGCUGGCGCUCAUUGAGGCCCUGCUGACGAGCGGCACAGCUCUGAUCCGCAAAGCACCGCGCGAGAGUGGCACCGUCAUAAACUUUGCUCGGAUGAUCAGCACUCUGCGAGAGACGGAAUGGGGUCCAUGGUUCAACGUGCGCACGAAGCCAGACGCCAGCCAAGCCGGUGGUUCAGUGAAGCGUGACCUCGCAUACACACCCCGUGCCAUCGGCUUCCACGCGGACAACCCGUAUCGUAGUCCGACACCCGACUUCCAGCUCCUGCACGCUGUGGAGCACUGCUUCUGCGAGGACAAGGUGCCUUGUCCAGAGUGUUCGGUUAUUAACUACCUGGUGGACGGCUUUCACAUUGCCGAAACUCUGAAGAAAGAAAGCCGCGAAGACUUUGACAUGCUCAGCCAAAUCCCGGUCCGUUUCGAGAACAAUGGAGGUGACGGCACGUCUGCCCUGAUCCACAUCACCCCUCACCUGGAGCUCCCAGGCUUGACG